GUUUCUACCUCUCGCCUUGUAUGAAGCCUUUUUAGCCAAAGAAUGAGCUUUCUUUGGAAGUUAAUUCCAGAUAUUCUCCUUUAGCUGGACAUUGUCAACUGCUCUCGAUCAUCCUGCUUUAAAUAGUAGCUACACUCCUAAACCUUUUAUUUAUAGCAAAAACCAAUCUAUGUGGGUAUUUAGUAGUGUUAUUGACUGAUUCAAGUCCAAAUGUUGACAGUUUAAAGUAUUUGAAUUAUGGAUUCUGUGUUACAAUGAAGCAUAGUGUAGCAAAGCUGGCCACUGCAUAUGAAUUAUGUCACUUGAGCUUGCACUGUGAUUGGUUUUGAGCCAGCAUUUGUCACCAGCCAUUCACUGCUCCCUUCCACUGCUCCUUCUUAUUUGGGGAGGUCUCUGUUACCAAGGCUUUGGAGAUCAGUGAAGAAGUCUCUGGAGUCAGUAAUGAGUCAAGUUGGAAGAAUUUAUUGAAGACAGCCCAGUACCGAGGAGAACAGCGGAAACAUCAGGCAUGAGCACAGCUGGACGCUACCACAGACUCUGCCGAGCAGCUUGCCCAGGCUGAUACUUAUGGUAAUCUGUCUAACCCUUGCCGACACAAACUGUCUCUGGAAUGAUCUGCUCUCGGCUCCACAGUUUUGGUUACAUCAGGCUUUGAUUGUCCUUCCUGGCUAAGAAUGAACUCAAUUGCUUUCUGGAGCCAGUGAUGAAUAGAGCAUUAUUUCUGCAUCCAACCAUUCCCCUUCAACAAAAAUAUAGGAACAACAGGAAUCUAGUUUGAAACUCAUUGCGACUAGUGUAACCCUUUAACUUGGCUGUGUGAAUAAUAUCAACAUUUAGUCACGUCCAUAAUCCUCCCCACCUGCUGUCGAAUUGGUGCUGCUUCAUCUGGAGUUGUCACUGAUAGCUAAUUCAGCUAAGCUAGCAAAAUAUUAUUGAUGUAUGUGUGUUUAAGGUCGUUUUUAUGUGGGGCCUGCAUUAUUUGGGUGGGGCCACCCAUAUUGUCAGCUUGAAUAUAAUUUUAAAAAAACAUGCAAUGAAGCAAGAAGACUAUGUGAUCAAAGAGAGAAUAAAAACAAAAACCAAAUGGGGUAAAUACUGAAUCAUCAGUAAUGAAAGAUAAAAGCAUUAAAGGAUAAAAGUUGAAAGACUUUUAUCUGAAGAACUGUUGAGGGUAGCUUUACAGCUCUCAGUGAACAGCCUGCCAAGAAUUGUUUUUAUUAGAAGAACCCGAAAGAAAAAUCUGCAAGAAUUAUCUCCUCAGCUCUCUACUUUUUCACACUGUGCAUUGCCUGGACUCCAAGAUGGCAAAAGCACGUCUCGCUUACCUCCUGCUUCUCUUCACCACUCACCGCUCCUUCAGUGUGUUAGCGGUGGAGCUGAGCACAGACAAUGCCUCACUAUCAAUUAAUGAGUUUGAAAAUAUUGAGUUAUCAUGCAAGAUUCACUCCACCACUACACCCAAACCCAGAGUGGAAUGGAAAAAGAUGACAAUGGUUGGAACAAGUCACGUGUACUUUGAUGGGAAGGUCGUAGGUGACCUGAAGAACAGAGCCAUAUUGAGAGAACCCGCCUCGUUACUGAUACUCAACGCAAUAAGGUCAGACACGGCAAUAUAUCGCUGUGAGGUCGCCGCUAUCAAUGACCAGAAGAUGUUGGCUGAGAUUAUGAUCGACCUUGUCGUAAGAGUGAAACCUGAGGUGCCAAAAUGCUUUGUCCCUAAAUGGGUGCCCUCUGGAAAGCCAAUUGAGCUGAGUUGUUUUGAGGAUGAGGGCCUCCCAGACUCCCAGUACCAGUGGUUCAAGAACAAGGAGGAGAUUCCCGUCGACCCAGAUACCAAUCCAAAUUUCUUCAACUCUUCAUACACUCUCGACACGCAAAAAGGAACUCUGGAAUUCACUACGGUCAGCAAAGAAGAUGCUGGAGAGUACUUUUGUCGAGCGAAGAACAUUGCAGGACAAGCUGAGUGUCUACCCCAGAAGAUGCAAGUGUAUGAUCUGGAUUUGUUUUGGAUUUUACAGGGCAUGCUGUUGGUGGUCACAGUCCUCCUGUGUACAACAGUGGUCCUCUGCUGGGUAUACAAGAAAGGCCAAAAACAGACAAGAAACAGAGGUCCAGCCAAUGGAGUUGAAUUGCUCCACUUAAGAAGAAUAGAUGAGGUAGAUGAGGUAGAUGAGGUAGAUGAAGCGGAUUUCGGACACAAGAUGUCAUUUGUGGUCUGAGGAGGGAGAGGAUGAUAAGGGGUGUUGUGUUUGGGACAGGACAUGUGAGAGCGAGUUCCACGUUGUCUGACCACAGAGCCACCACAGUCCACGUUAUUAUGCUGUGUUUCCAUCAUGGUACAGUUCAGUUUGCUACAGUACAAUAUGGUUUGAACCAAUUGAAUGUUCCACUCUGUGGAAACACAGCUUUAGUUCACACCAACAACUCAAGUUUACCAUAGGUGACAGGAUUUUGCAGAACAAUGCUGUCCUGUUUGGAGUCCCGAAGAAAAUCCUGGAUAGGCUCCAACAUGUCCAGAUCUCUGCUGCUAGGGUUCUCACUCGGACCAAACCAACACAUCACCCCCACACUGAAACAACUGCACUGGCUCCCCGUUAAGUUCUGGAUCUCCUUCAAGCGUCUCCUCCUUUGCUACAAGUCUCUCCAUUCACGUGCUGCACAUUACCUCUCCGACCUCCUCCAUGUGCACUGCCCCUCCCAGAACCUGCGGUCUGCUGACCUAGGUCUCCUCUCCGUUCCCCGGACCUGCAGGCAAAGCUUUGGCAACAGGGCUUUUAGUGUCGCUGCUCCAACCCUCUGGAACUCACUCCCUCUGGCUCCAGGCACCAACUCUGGAGUCCUUUAAAUCUCUGUUGAAGAGACAAUUGUUCCAGCAGGCUUUUGCCACCUGAUUGCUUGUUUUCUUCUCUGUUCUAAACUGUACAGCGACCUUGGGUUUCAUGA